CUGCUGACUCAGGUGUCCCGAGAGGCGCCGCUUCUUCCGCUUUUUCGCCAGGAUGCUGCAGCACCAGGCGUGAACCGAGGUUUCUGAACUACUGGGCGGGAGCCAACGUCUCUUCUUUCUCCCGCUCCGGCGGAGGCUUUGUAGCUGCGGGCUGGGCCCCAGGGUGCCCCCCAUGGCGGGGCCGCGGGUAGAGGUCGACGGCAGCAUCAUGGAAGGGGGCGGCCAGAUCCUGAGAGUCUCUACGGCCUUGAGCUGUCUCCUGGGCCUCCCCUUGCGGGUGCAGAAGAUCCGAGCCGGCCGGAGCACGCCAGGCCUAAGUUUUAUAGAUUUGUCAUAAAAUGUGGGGAUAUAGGCAGUCUGAAUGCACACGUUUUGAUGCAGUCUUAUGACCUGAAGGCCUCAACAUUUAUCUGGACUGGAAAUGAUUCGAGAUUUGUGUGAUGGGCGACUGGAGGGGGCAGAAAUUGGCUCAACAGAAAUAACCUUUACACCAGAGAAGAUCAAAGGUGGAAUCCACACAGCAGAUACCAAGACAGCAGGGAGUGUGUGCCUCUUGAUGCAGGUCUCAAUGCCGUGUGUUCUCUUUGCUGCUUCUCCAUCAGAACUUCAUUUGAGAGGUGGAACUAAUGCCGAAAUGGCACCACAGAUUGAUUAUACAGUGAUGGUCUUUAAGCCAAUUGUUGAAAAAUUUGGUUUCAGAUUUAAUUGUGACAUUAAAACAAGGGGAUAUUACCCAAAAGGGGGUGGUGAAGUGAUUGUUCGAAUGUCACCAGUUAAACAGUUGAACCCUAUAAAUUUAAUUGACCGUGGCUGUGUGACUAAGAUAUAUGGAAGAGCUUUCGUUGCUGGUGUUUUACCAUUUAAAGUAGCAAAAGAUAUGGCGGCGGCAGCAGUUAGAUGCAUCAGAAAGGAGAUCCGGGAUUUGUAUGUUAACAUCCAGCCUGUUCAAGAACCUAAAGAGCAAGCAUUUGGCAAUGGAAAUGGAAUAAUAAUUAUUGCUGAGACCUCCACUGGCUGUUUGUUUGCUGGAUCAUCGCUUGGUAAACGAGGUGUAAAUGCAGACAAAGUUGGAAUUGAAGCUGCUGAAAUGUUAUUAGCAAAUCUUAGACAUGGUGGUACUGUGGACGAGUAUCUGCAAGACCAGCUGAUUGUUUUCAUGGCAUUAGCCAAUGGAGUUUCCAGGAUAAAAACAGGACCAGUUACACUCCAUACACAAACCGCUAUACAUUUUGCUGAACAAAUAGCAAAGGCUAAAUUUAUUGUGAAGAAAUCAGAAGAUGAAGAAGAUGCCUCUAAAGAUACUUACAUUAUUGAAUGCCAAGGAAUUGGGAUGACAAAUCCAAAUCUAUAGAGUAUUUGCUUCUUAAAUGAUACCUCACUGAUGUAUUGCACUAUUUCAUAAAUACUAUAAAAUAAUGACUAGGAAGUAACUUAUUAAAGGAUCUGACUUAAAUUUGAAGAUGAAGUACAGUGUUCUGGUUUGCUGAGAAUGCUUCAUCAAACUAAUCUCACUUUGAAUAUCUCCUGAGAGAUGGACAAUGAAGUAUCAGUUGGUGGAUAUGUGUGAUAGCUGAUUUCAAUAUUGAAGUAUUGAAAUAAAAUAUUACACCUGAAG